AGCGUGCGUUGAGACGCGGCACAAGAAAUGAUAACCUUUCCAACAACCAGCCGCAAUCAAUAUCAUAAUGCAACAGUUUAUUAAUAAAUGAAUAAAAACAAAAUGCUCAGUCGUGUAUUCGAAAUUUCAACGAAAUGUUCUGGAUUCUUUUUGCAAUUUUAAUUUUUAUUGUUACACUUUAUUACUUUUAUCAAGUAAAUAAAUACAAGAUAAUUGAUGAUUACCCGGGACCAUCAGCUUUAGAAUUAUUCAAGUUUAUGUUAUUACCUAAAUCAACAGUAGAUUCUUAUAAAUACUUCGUCUCUUUAAACAAAAAAUAUGGUGCGAUUGUUAAAAUUUGGCUAAAGCCUUUCAAGCCAACACUUCUUGUAUCCGAUGGAAAAUUCAUUAAGAGCAUUUUAUUAUCAAGAGAAUAUUUUAACAAACCAAGUUAUCUCGCUUUAAUGGAAGCACUUAUGGGAUAUGGAUUGCCUAUUAUGACCGAUAUAAAUUUGUGGAAACAAGAACGGAAAACUUUUUCACACAUUUUUAACAAUCAAUUCAUCAUCGAUUAUACAUCAACAUUUAAAAGACACGCCGUUAAUUUGUAUGAAUCUAUAAAUGAAAACUUAAACCAACCUAUUGAUUUACAAAUAUUGUUAUUAAGAUAUGGAUUGAAUAUUGUUUAUGAUUUAUUACUUAAUGAAGAUAUAAGUCAACAAGAUAAUCGUGUAAACCGAUAUAUCAAAUCUAUGAAAACAUUUUUCGAAGUUUACUUCGAUAGAAUUAAUUCUCCUUUGAAGAUAAAUGAUAAAAUUUUUAAAUUAACCAACAAUUAUAAUAUUUGGAAAAAAUCUUCAGAUGAAACUAAAGAGUUUAUAGAAAGCACGCUAAAAAGAGUUAUUAAAUUAAAAAAGGAAUCACCAAAUAAAAGUGAUCAAAAAGAUUUUAUUGAUUUACUUUUAGAAUCUAAUUUGAGUUAUGAAAGAAUUUUAGAACAACUUCGAACGCUGGUCGUUGCUGGUGCUGAUACAGUUUCGUCUGCAACUGGUUUCGCUCUUUACAAACUUGCUAAACACCCUGAAUUACAAGAACAAAUAUAUCAGGAGUACAUUUCCAUUUUAGGUAUGGAUAAAAACGUUUUUGCAGAAUUUAGAGAUAUCCAACAAAUGACGUUUACUGAAUGUGUUGUGAAAGAAACUUUAAGGCUUUUUCCUCCUGGUCCAUUUAUUUUUAGAACUUUAAUUAACCCAACAGAAAUUGAUGGUAAAAUUUUUCCUGCUAACAUCGACAUAAUAUUUUCAAUAAUUGAUUCGCACUAUUCAAAUUUCGAUAAUCCUACAGAAUUUAAACCGGAACGAUUUUUUCCAGAAAAUGCCUGCAAUAUUCCUGCUAACGCCUAUUUACCAUUUUCAUUAGGGCCAAGAGAUUGUAUAGGUAAAACCGUUGCUAUUGUUGAAGUGAAAUUUUCACUCAGCUACAUCAUUAGACACUUUACAUUACAUCCAAUCAGUAAUCACGAAAUAAAUUUGUCAGGAGAAAUUAUUUUGACAAGCAAAAAUGGUUUACCCGUUAUAUUUAGAAAAAGAAUGGAUUAAAGCAGGAAUUUUAAUCUGAAAAAUCUUAAAAGAAGGUAUAUUGGAAUCCAUUUUGCAAGUUAAUGAAUAAAUAAUAAAAUAAC